AUUUUACUAUCUGGUUAGUGUCCAUAUCGUAAGAUAGAAUGUCAGGACGCGGGAAGCAGGGCGGCAAGGCGCGCGCCAAGGCCAAGACGCGCUCGUCGCGGGCCGGGCUGCAGUUCCCCGUGGGCCGCGUGCACCGCCUGCUGCGCAAGGGCAACUACGCCGAGCGGGUCGGCGCCGGCGCGCCCGUGUACCUGGCGGCCGUGCUGGAGUACCUGACGGCCGAGAUCCUGGAGCUGGCGGGCAACGCGGCGCGCGACAACAAGAAGACGCGCAUCAUCCCGCGCCACCUGCAGCUGGCCAUCCGCAACGACGAGGAGCUCAACAAGCUGCUGGGCAAGGUGACCAUCGCGCAGGGCGGCGUGCUGCCCAACAUCCAGGCCGUGCUGCUGCCCAAGAAGACCGAGAGCCACCACAAGGCCAAGGGCAAGUGAAAGCCUGCAGCGCUCCAACCAGUUGAAACCAAAGGCUCUUUUCAGAGCCACUAACUUUUUUACUGAAAGGGCUUGCAUUUUUUCCUUUAUGCAACUAGUUGAACAGGAUACUCACUGCUUUGCUAGUAGAUAUCGGUACUUAAAUACCCCAUAAACGCGAAGUUAACCGUCCACUUGGAAGGUGCAAUAAAAGCGAAAGGUAGCCAAAUAAAAACCAGAGGGUUGGUUUAAGAUGCCUAUUUGUAGCAAAUUUAGUUAAUCAGCAGCAACAAUAAAACCAUUCUUCAGCCUCCUUUGAAGGGUGUUUUGCAUCAUAAUGGGACCCAUUACCUCCAACUCUGCUGGGCCCCAGGCGAUUGUAAACAGGAAAGCAGCGAGACUACCCCGGAGUCAGGUCCUUUGGGCGGGUGUUUUCGGGGUUUCAGGGUGAUUUUUAAAAAGGCAUUAAGUAAUCUUUCGUAUCAUUUGUAAGCUUAAGUAUUUUUCCACUUCAUUUUACCCAAACCUCGUUCGAAAGUGUAAGGCGUAGUGCUCUGUAUGAGAAUGUGAGCAUGUUGCCGUAGUUAAAAUAUCAAAUGAAAUUACCUCAAUGUUCUUGGAGCAUUUAGAAAAAGUAUAUGAAAACAGGGUGUUUACAGAGAUGUAAACUU